AUCGCACUAUCCAUAUCCACGUUACCACUGUCCACUCCCGACAGAGAUUCCUCAUCAAACUCGCGAAGUCACUCAUGAUGUUUGGAGCGCCAUCACAUCGCAUCGAGAACCAGCUACGGGAGAUGUCUCGCACACUCGAACUGAACGUAGAAUGUAUACAUCUACCUGCCGUUUUCCUCAUGUCAUUCACAGACGAACAGUCCAAGACGACGGAAACAUUUUUGAUGCGCCAGCCAACCUCACUCGCCCUCGGGAACCUGCACGAAGUCCAUCAAAUCUAUCGUAAGGUCCUACAUGACGAGAUAGGGGCCCGAGAAGGAAUCAGGCGUCUUGACGAGCUGAUGGACGGGAAACCAGCAUACAAGAAAUGGGCUCGAUGUUUCUUCGCAUUUUGGCUUUCUGCCUUGAUCUGCCCACUCGCAUUCGGUGGAUCAUUCAUCGACAUGUGGAUUGCUGGCGUUGGGUCACUCAUCCUUUGCGCACUGCAAUUGACCGUAGUGCAGAAGAGCCAAGUGUACGCGAACGUGUUUGAGAUCACGAUGACUAUUCUGAUCUCGUUCGUUGCUCGCGGAUUGAGCAGCAUUCGAUCGGACAUAUUCUGCUACGAUGCGAUCGCCUCCGCCGGCAUAGUCGCGAUCUUGCCCGGGUUUCUCAUUCUGAGCAGCUCACUGGAGCUCGCAUCUAAAAACAUCCUCUGCGGAUCCGUCAAAAUGGUCUACGCCCUUACCUAUACCCUCUUCCUCGGCUUCGGCCUCCAGAUAGGCUCCGACUUCUACCUCCUCUUCGAUCCAAAAGCUCAUUUCUCGUGGUACCUCCAACCGUUCCCUUGGUGGACACAACUGUUCAUCGUGCCAUUGUUCGCACUGCUGAGUUCGUUGGCGAACCUGCAGCCGGUGGAUGCGGAAUUACUAGCUAUGGUGUUCAUCGCGUGUGUGGCAUGGACGGCGAACAAGCUUACGACUGUGUAUAUACACGACAGAGCGGACAUCGUUUCUGCCAUAGGGGCGGUCUCCGUGGGCGUUCUUGGGACGAUCUAUGGAAGGGCGAAGCGGGGGACCGCGUUCACAGCUAUGAUCACUGGUGUUUUGUUUUUGGUCCCAUCAGGCCUUUCGCAAGGAGGGAUGAUGACGAACGGGAACGGGAUAGAUAUUGGUGGUGCCAUGAUUGCGGUCACGACUGGUAUUACUGUCGGUCUCUACAUGAGCCAAACGUUAGUCUACUUGUUUGGUGCGAAGAGGGCCUCACAGUGGGGAUUCUAG